UUGACGAAAUUUCCUGGUGCGAGACCUGAGCGUCGCUGUAUAUCAACAACAAAAAACGGCCAGCAAAUGGUUAUCCGCGGUUCGUGUGCAUUCAUAAACUACGGUUUUACUGUAAAAUAAAUCUGACGGCUCGGGAAAAUCUCACGGGUGGAUCAGGUCUUCUGCUCGGGCUUUCACCGGGGGAUUUCUUAAACGGUCUGGUAGCAGGUGGUAGCCGAGAGGCUCGAGGCUCGGAUAUUCAUGCCUCUCUGUUAAUGAAACUGUAUUACGGAUAUCGCACAAGUGCUGCCUCUCGCCAUGUUAAGAUAAAGACACAGAUCUCUGUGUUGAACAUGCUGAAGCGGUUGGAUAAGAUCAGGUUCAGAGGACCGAAGCGAGAUGAGUUCCUGGACCUUGCCGAGUCCCCCAACGCGUCUGACAGCGAAUGUAAUGACGACGUCCCGGUGAAACAGCGGAGCUCAAGUAAAGAUGCAGAGGAACAGCGAGACCCUGCUGGUUCAGGGAAUCUCAACAUGUCGGCUACCAUCCAGGACUACCAGAGGUGUGAAACGGACCGGUUCAAUGAAAUCAAAGGUCACCUAGAGAUAGCCUUACUGGAAAAGCACUUCCUUCAGGAGGAGCUCCGGAAGCUCAGAGAAGAGACAAACAUCGAGAUGCUGAAGCAAGAGCUUGAGAAAGAGAAGUCGAAAAGAGUCGAUCUUGAGCAAAAAAUGAAUGACAUUCUCAGAUCCAGACUAGAAGACUCACCCCCUCCACCUUCAAAGCCACAAGUUACUACUAUCAAUGGAACAGGUGAAAAACAGAAAGAGACCCUACGCUCUCAGUUGUGGAAAUGGCUUUAUGAACGCUUUGGGGUUUAUAUCGAAGAUUUCCGCUUUCAGCCUGAAGAGAGCACGGUCGAGACUGAAGAACCAUUAAGUGCUAAAAGAUUAACUGAAAAUAUGAGACGACUCAAACGGGGUGCUAAACCUGUAACUAACUUCAUGAGGAACCUUUCUGCUUUAUCCAGUUGGCAUUCUGUAUACACGUCAGCCAUCGCCUUUAUUAUCUAUAUGAAUGCUGCCUGGCAUGGCUGGGUUAUCCCCAUGUUUCUAUUUUUAGCCAUUCUGCGAUUGUCCUUGAAUUGCCUCAUUGCAAAAGGUUGGAGAAUACAAUGGAGUAUCGUGCCUGAGGUCUCAGAACCAGUGGAACCUCCAAAGGAAGAUCUCACAGUCUCAGAGAAGUUUCAAUUGGUUCUGGAUGUUGCACAGAAAGCACAGAAUCUGUUUGGAAAGAUGUCUGACGUUUUGGAGAAGAUCAAAAACCUGUUCAUGUGGGUGCAGCCCGAAAUCACUCAGAAACUCUAUGUUGGUUUGUGGGUGGCCUUCAUCGCUUCCUGUUUCCUGCCAUACAAACUCUUGGGCUUUAUGAUUGGUAUCUAUGCUGGGAUCAAAUUCUUCAUCAUCGAUUUCAUCUUCAAAAGCUGCCCUAAAUUAAGAGACAAAUACGACACCCCAUACAUAGUAUGGACAAGUUUACCAACCGACCCACAGCUUAAAGAGCGAAACAACGCCACUCUGAACAGACGGCUGUCUGGGUUCGAAAAGCAGAUCCAACCGGUGGUAGCACGCGGUAGUCAAGCAGCCGGAAUGCAGUGCGGGAUCGGUCGGGAGGAGGAGGGCGGACGGACAUACAACACAAAAAGAGGCCCUUUUCAUGAAGUCUUCAACUUGUCUGAGAAUGAGCGCCCCCUGUCAGUGUGCGAGAACGGAUGGCGAUGUUGCUUGAUCAACAGAGACAGAAAAAUGCCGACCGACUACAUCCGCAACGGUGUUUUAUACGUAACAGAGAAUUACCUAUGUUUCGAGAGCUCCAGCUCCAGGACUGCGUCAUCCAAGAAAAACAAAGUCAUCAAGCUGCUUGACAUCACUGACCUUCAAAAGUACAAGGUGCUGUCGGUAUUGCCUGGAUCUGGAAUGGGAAUCUCCAUUACUACACCGUCCACUAUAAAGCCUCUUGUCUUCGGUGCCAUGAUCCAUCGGGACGAGGCCUUCGAAGCCAUCCAAACUCAGUACGUGAAGAUCAUGAAUACAACAGCAGCUCCCACAGUCACAAAUCCAGAGACGUAGGACACGAUCACAUAACACAACUUAGUCUAUAAAUCACCCUUACGUCGAUGUAGCACUAUCUAACCCCAGCGCGGAGACUUUAGAAGUCUUUCUGACAUCUUCAGGAUGCAAGUGAAAAGAUGGACUUGCAAAGGAGUCAGUUUUUCAUAUUCUCUUUUAGAUAAAUUGUGAGUAUUAAUGGAGGGGUUUUAUAUAUUCUCUCAGACGUACUAUAGUCUUACACAAGUGUUUGUCAGAAAGGAUCAUAUUUUAUAAGGUUAGUGGUCGUACCUGUUGUGUCCUGUGUACUGUCUAACAGCGAAAUACCACUUUAGAAAGGAGCUGGUACUCCUUUGAUACGAUUGAAUAGGCUCUAAUGGAGAGAUCUGUGCGAUUCGUGUGUAGUCAGAUCAUAUAACCAGUCGUCUCGGAGCGUAGUGCAGAUUUUUUUGCUUAAUUGCAUCACCGCUGGCCUUGCGCAAAGAAACGCUGCACUCACUGUAGUGGUGUUGAGAGCUUUUAGAUGUGAUUUAGAGGAGAAAGACUGACUUAACCUCAAUACUUCAUGAUACCACACGUGUAGGUGGUCAGUAAUACUCAGCACAGUAAAGAUGCAUAGAGUAAAAUUUGUCAUGUGAUAUGCAUCUUUAUCGUGCUAUAAUAUAUAUAUUUCUGUUUUCAGUAUUUGUUUUAGUUGCAUCAUGACAUAAGCAACUUCUCUUUUAAAGGGAUAGUUCACCCAGAAAUGACUUACCUUUAUGUUGUUCACUUGUUUGAAUCACUUUGUUUGGAUAUACUGACUUGGAUAUUGGAAGAAAGUCAUACAGGGAUGACAUGAUGAUGAGUUAUUUUUGGGUGAAUGUUCUCUUAAAUAAAGCACAAAAAUGUCACCGGUCUUAUCCAUAAAAUGAAUGCGCACAAAGUGUGGAAGAAGACUGUUUAGACUUAGCAGGGAUUUGCUGGUAAUGUUAUAGGGACACUCCACUUUUUUUGGAAAAUAUGCUCAUUUUCCAGCUCCCCAAUGUUAAACAUUUGAUUUUUACCCAGGGGCAAUCUUCAGAUCUCUUUGAUGAAGCCAAUACGGAAGUGAUUUAAACUGUAAUUCAUCGAUUGGCCGCUAGAGGUCCCAUAGACCUCCAUGUUAAAAUGCCCAACUUUAUAGUAGAAAAUAUUAUGUUUACAGCCUGGUACAAAAAGUGUUUUUGGUCUGUAUAGCUAAUUUUGCCCUUCAUUACAACUGUAAGGGAGGUGAAUUUCUUGUAACUCAUCCGUUUAAAUUAUAUUAAGCCUUAAAGUUCUGCCUAAUUAAGGGCGUGGCCACUUGAGUGACGGUUGAAGAGCCGUCUAUAGAGUCGAGCCAGGCUGGCGUGGUUUCAGCAACCAGCCACCUCAGCUUCACCCACGUCCUGCCUCUUUACCCAUUUUCGAGUGAUGUGCGGUGACGCGCGGCCAAGAUGGCGACGGCAGGCAGGGCCUACUUUAAGCUUCAAAAGCGAUCUUCAGAAACCUAUGGGUGACGUCACGGACACUACGUCCAUCUUUUUUACAGUCUAUGAUUUUUACCAUUUUGGAAUCCAUUCAGCUGAUCUCGGGGUCUGGCGGUACCACUCUUAGCAUAGCUUAGCAUAAUCCAUUGAAUCUGAUUAGACCAUUAGCAUCGCGCUCAAAAAUAACCACAAGU